GCAUAUUACUUAUUCUGCAGCUUAUGUUUGGUCACGAAGGUGUUGUUAGUUGCUGAAACUCUUGUGACUUGGUGUUCCUAGUUACUGAAACACUUGUGACUGGCCGAAUGUGAAGGGAACCAAAGGGCAGGAAACGCCUUCAUUCCGAAAUCUGGUGUUAGUGUUUGCAAAGGAGAAGGAUUUAGUGAAAUAUAAGAACACAAAACUUUUUAUUAUCCAAGCUGAGGCAUAAACACACGAACAGGAGCCUCUCAUCAUAAACACAUCGAGUACUCGUGUGUUAUCGAUAUUUGCCAAGGGAGGACAGUCAUCAUCGUAGCCAGUCGAUCAUGCCUCCUUCAGCGUCCUCUCUCCUUCGUCUGAUCUCCCGCGGGGUCCGUCAGCAAGCUCAGAACGGGCCCCUUCGCUCCCUCCUCCGAGCCACAUCCUUCAACCGGACAGAGGCGGCCCCCCUCGUGGAUGUCACCAGCACGCCUAUCCCGGAGAUAACUGAGGUCUUCCCGGGUUUACACACUCACGAAAGCAUCCAUCAAUUUUCUCUGGACCAUCCCGAGGAGUUUUGGGGGCAGCUUGCUCGCUCGCGGUUGGAGUGGCAGAGGGAGUUCCAGACGGUGACGGCCCAUGAACCGGAGAAGGCCAUCUUUAGGUGGUUUCCAGAUGGCCAACUCAACGUGUCUGUGAAUUGUGUGGACCGUCACGCGCGGCAGGACCCGGACCGAGUGGCACUGUUGUGGGAGAAGGACGAACCGGGCCAGGAGGAGCGGGUGACAUACAGGCAGCUUCAGGAUGAGGUGUGUCGCCUGGCCAACGUCCUUCGGGCUAGCGGCGUGGGGCGCGGGGACAGAGUGGCCCUGUACCUGCCCGUGUCGCCCCUCGCCGUCACCGCCAUGCUCGCCUGCGCCAGAAUCGGGGCUGUCCACUCCGUCGUCUUCGCUGGCUUCUCCGCCGACGCUCUGGCUUCUAGGAUCCAGGACGCCGGAGCCGAGACGGUGAUCACGGCAGACCAGGCGGUGCGCGGCGGGAAGGUGAUACAGCUGAAGCAGGUGGUGGACGCGGCCGUGGCCAAGUGUCCCUCCGUGCGGCAGGUGUUCGUGGGCUCGCGGACGGGGGCGCAGGUGAAGAUGGGACCCAAGGACAUAGCGCUUGAGCAGGCCCUGAGCGGCGAAGGGACGGAGUGCGAGCCGGCCGUGCAAGGCGCCGAGGACCUGCUCUUCCUGCUCUACACGUCGGGCAGCACGGGCUCCCCCAAGGGCGUGGCGCACACCUCCGCCGGCUACCUUCUCUACGCCGCCACCACGCACAAGCACGCGUUUGACUACCAAGUCGGGGACGUGUUCGGCUGUGUGGCUGACGUCGGCUGGAUCACGGGGCACUCCUACGUGGUCUACGGCCCCCUCGCCAACGGUGCUACCACGGUGCUCUUUGAAAGUACCCCAACGUACCCCGACCCAGGGCGGUACUGGGAGACGGUCUCGCGGCUGGGCAUCACACACUUCUACUGCGCCCCCACCGCCCUGCGUCUGCUGCUGCGCUACGAGGACGACUGGGUGACGCGACACGACCGUUCCUCGCUGCGGAUGCUCGGCUCGGUGGGGGAGCCGCUCAACCACGAGGCCUGGCACUGGUUCCACGAUCUGGUAGGGGAGAAGCGAUGCACCCUUGUGGACACCUGGUGGCAGACGGAGACCGGAGGCAUCAUGAUCAGCCCUCGACCCUCUGCUCCCGGCGCCCCAGUCCUUCCCGGUAUGCCCAUGCGGCCCAUGUUCGGCGUCAAGCCCGUGCUGUGCGACCCCAACGGAGGCGUGGUGAACGGAGAGGGCGUCGGCGGGGCUCUCUGCGUCGGCUCCGUCUGGCCCGGCAUCGCGCGCACCAUCUACGGCGACCACAAACGCUACCUCGACACCUACUUCGCGCCCUUCCCCGGGUACUACUUCAGCGGCGACGGGGCCUACAGGGACCAGGACGGCCACUACCACAUCACGGGGCGCAUGGACGACGUGAUCAACGUGACUGGGCAUCGUCUGGGCACGGCCGAGGUGGAGGACGCGAUGAUGGAGCACCCUGACGUGGCCGAGGUCGCAGUAGUUGGGUUCCCGCACGAGGUGAAGGGCGAGGGAGUGUACGCCUUCAUGGUGCUCAAGAAGGGGACGCAAGCCAGCCAGGACCAGAUCACGGAUGACCUCAAGAAGCUGGUGCGCUCCAAGAUUGCGGGUUAUGCCAUCCCCGAGACCUUCCUGGUAUGCCCGGGGCUGCCCAAAACCCGCUCCGGCAAGAUCAUGCGGAGAAUCCUGAGGAAGAUCGCCGCCGACAAGCCUGAGGAGCUGGGCGACAUCUCCACCCUGGCCGACCCCUCCAUCGUGCAGACCAUCGUCGAGACCCACAGCAAGAACAGGCGGGGGUGAGGGCGGCGUGGGAGCAAGGAAGUCUAGCCCACAGAGUCUCGAGUACUGAUGUGUACCGUGUGCCUUCAGCUGAGGUGCCUUACAAAUAGACAUGGGUAGUGAGGGAGGGAGUUAGUGCCCCGCCUCUCCUCGCCAAUGACAACACACAACUGGAACGGUCAAGCUACGAUGUCUAGUUUCAUUGUUUUAGCUUUUUUUUAGUUUAUUUUCUCUUUUGUAACUAAGGAUAAUGUUAUCAGUUACACCCACAUAUACUGAAAUGAGGUUCUUGUAUGUACGCAUGUAUGUAUGGAAUGGUCUCGCAUACAUACAUACCUGCAUACAUAUAUACAUACAUAGUUAUGAUGCUAUACUCUUUUAAAAUGAUGUUAUGGUGUUUUCUCCUUCUUUACAUUGAUUAACAUUCCGCUCGUGUGUGUGUGUGUGUGUGUGUGUGUGUGUGUGUGUGUGUGUGUGUGUUGUUCGGUUGACUCGUAAGUGGUUCACAUAACAUAUUGGUGGAUGCUUGUUCUCGCCUCCUUCACUUCCCUCUCUUUUGCAAACACAAUCUUCCCGAGGUUACACAAGCCCUUUUCUCAGCAAUGGGCGCUUUAUUACCUCUAUAUCGCUGUACACUGGAGACGAUGAAGUAUGGUAACAACGCAGCUUCCCAACUACUUCACACAACUGUCAAUCCGUCCUCACACUCGCCUCCAAUACAACGCAAACCUAUGACCUACGACGUCACUCUCCUCACUCUGUUUCUCCGUCGAGUUUGACCGAGUGAGGGGAAGUCUGUGCAAUGUGUGAAUGUUCUUUUAUCUGAAGUAUAACGGGAGUCAAACACGCGAGGUGGCCUUGUUUAACCGUCCUUCAAAGUUGUGAUAUCUAUAUAGUGUUCAUUUUGUUUUGUUUUUCUACGGUUUCUUUCCUUAAGUUGUACCUGGGAAAAGUUGUUCAAGGUUGAGUAUUUCUACCAAGAAUGAUUGUGCUCUUAAAUAUCAUUCUGAGCAGGUGGUUAUCAGUGACUAUAUAUUUUUGGUGUCGGUGAAAUUUAGUUUUAGCACAGAAACAAAUAUGAGAGCCAAGCCUAAGUGAUCUCCUCUGAUAAUGUGACUGCAUGUAUUUUAGUAUUUUUUGUCUGUUACUUAAAAUGCCGCAAGCGUGAACUCGAUUUGAAAUUUGGUUGAACGCUCGAAACAGUGUUGAGGUCUCGGAGAAAGUGGAAUGAACGAGUGUUUGGGACGCCGCCUCGCUGAACGCCAUGAGUGCUGCUGUAACGUGCUUUUGGGUGCUUCAGGUAAUGGGACCAUAUUCUCAAACGCUUCCUCACUGACACACUCACAUUCAACAGGGUUUUCGUAGGAUGUUUUGGCAUUUCCAGAGGUACUUUCAAGACACUCCUUUUUCCUGUACCACGAAUGUGAAAAACACUCAUGAAAACCCGAUUAAUCUCCUUUUUCGGCCUCUGGAAGUAGUUGACGUGAGAGGUGGUGGAAGCGUCUGAGAAUAUCGACCCUGUGUGCCUCUGUAGGGAAGGUUUUAGCCAUUUAGAUGUCAAGGAAAGACAGGUGAGAGAGGCGCCCGGUCAAGGCACUGCUGGAUCACUUACGCAGAAGAGGUAAAGGUGAUUAUCUCGUUUCCUGCUGAGUUCACUAUCCUCUUAGUAGUCUCCCAACAACCUUACCAGCGGCAGGGUGCUCGCUAGGGCCUCGGGGGAUCACCUCACAUCUACGAAGACGAGUUUAUACCCUUGGGAUAGACAACAUGGAAGUGUAUAGUGCUUGCAACGGUGCCUUGUAACACUAAGAAGCUAGCCCUCAUGAUCCAGUUGCCGGGCUCAAGGAUUCCGUAGUUUUGGUGAUAAUUACAUGAAGGGUUCGUAUAUGAGGCGUCCGGAGGUGUAAGGUCAUAAGGGACAAAGCCACUUUAUUAUUAGUUUGCACUGGGGAAGGCAGACUGCAAAGCUCAGGAAGAAUAAGAAAGAAGUUGCAAAGGAAAAGUGACGUUGUAUUUGGUGUACCGUUUUUCCUUGGCACUUUCCUUUAUGAUAUCCACAAAUUUCUGAACUUGUAUAUAAACACCGGACACCAUGCAAGGAAUUUUCGCAGCCUUCAUCUAUUGGUUUGUGUGCCUGCUAACCCGUCGUGUCGUGUUUGAACUGUGGAACUGGCCCUUAUUUUUUUAUAACAAGGAAGGCAGCUCAAUGGCAAAAAACAAACACACAAGAAAAGCCCUCUAGGCGCUGCUCUAGCAAAAGAAAAAAGAAUGAAGGGACAGUGGUGGUUAUUUUCGGAAGAGGAAGAAAAGUGCGCUACGUAGGGUCAGUCCGAUCUGGUCCUUCUGCGCGACCGUAUGACGUAGGAAGGCUGGAGGGGGGAGGGGGAGAUAAGGUUUACCCCCAAAAGAUUACUGGUCCAUAGAAAGGGCAACUACAACAGACUUACCUAAUACGUAAUCCUCCCCUGUCAGACUCGUGGCGCUCACGUAAUAGCAGUCCUGGGUAUGGUAAACGACCUUUGUUGCCGAGUGGGCCAGCAGGAAUGAAAAGCGAGUGUAUUUUUUAACUGUUUCCAGAGGGGUGUAGUGAGUGUUUUACUGUUAUGUUGGAAGUUAGAAAUGCAAUUCAAUCGUGCAAAUGCUUUUAUGUGAAUUUCUUAAUUAUAUAACGGAGAUAUGAAUAAAUAUUUUUUGGGAUGUU